AUGACUGCACCUGGCACUCAUUCAUCUACGGAGACAUCUAAUGCGUGCACUGCCCUUCCGUCUCCACCAACCUCGCCGGUUUCUACUGCUGGAAACAUCACGACGACGCGCAUACGACUAAAGGCAAUCAGAGCACCAAGAGCUGCGAGGAACUCUUCGAUUGAAUCUGUCUCGGUGCAAAGCGAGUGCCGGGACGACUCGUGUAUAAAAGCUAAGAGGAGACAAUCUUCUAUAGCGUACUUUACACCCUCUUCACCCUCACCUUGGGAAAGGGGUGGGCAAAGACAUCGACCAAGUUCUAGCCGAGCUGGGCUGAACUCGACGCCUAGUCCAUCCACUCGCAGUGAAUUACUUGAAGAUGAAAAUGGAGGUGGGGAGAGGGCGAGCCUCGCAAUAAGCCCUUGCUCGCGCCCCUGCGGGGUGAGUGUAAGCUCGCCGGACGGGGUUGACGCCAAGGAGAGAGAGCCACUGACGCUCAUCGAGAAGCACGCUGAUCUGUUGCACUUCAUCGCGCAAAAAGAACGAAAAUGUCUCGAACUACGUGAGCAGCUGGCUGUUCACGAGAAUGAACUUGCAGAACUGAAACGCAAGUGGGAACGAAUCAUCAAUCGCACUCUGCCAAUGGCAGGUAGUGGAUACGAGAAUCUGGUCUCUACGUCUAGUACGAACGCUGUUCUUGGAAGCACGGCCCUGGAUGGAAUCAAAGAAGGCGUUCGCAGGAUCACUCUUGGACUUAGUGAUCUGGGAGGAGGUACCAACACGGAAUCAUCACAACAUAUUGCCACACAUUUUCAGGACGGAAGCAGUUCCUCUUCGGCGGGUGCUUUAUCCGGAUUCAGCAUUUGCGAGGCUGAAGUUGCAAAUGGGAGCACCCACGUCGACGCCGUACGGUCGAGCAGCACCGACGCAAUCUCUACAAUUCGAAGAAGUGGCAGCCUGCAUAGACGGCCUGCCCGAUCGCUUCCGAAGGACCCUCCGACACCUGUGCAAUAUUUGAGUUCUGCAGCUCCCGUACUGAGGCAGACCGCCACGUCACCUUCAAUCCCUACGAAUACUACGGCAGAUAAACAAUCACGACGCACUACGCUGGCACCUGCGCUUCCGCCACCGUCAUCAGUCCCUGGGCUGGGCUCGCUCACGAUGGGCGCAAGCGUUGGCAAUCCAGUCUCAUCAUGGAUGGGAAGCGUGGGGAAGAAACUGGGAGAAAUCCAAGGUGCUGAUACGCUUACCAAGGGUCAGAAACGCGCAUCUGUCUUACUUGCAGAUGUUUCACACUCCAUUAUAUCUGCGCUCUCUCCAUCCCCAUCUACAGUGUCCGCCCUCUCGCCCACUUCAAAUCCAAUAUCGUCCCCUCGCGCUCCCUACUCUAACGUGAGUGCAAAUAGGGACACGGGGACUCUAAGGACGAACAGUCUCCUUGACGAUGAUGACGAUAAUGACACAGUUCGGAUCGGACGCGUAAUGGUACCUGACUCUGUCAAGGACAAGACCGGCGCCGUAGCGGGGUCAGGGAGCCAAACGCAGGAGGGCCAUCUCCUUUGA